GCACGUCGGCUGCAGGUGCGAGGGUGUGCGUUUCACUGUCCAAUCCAAGACUCGAACAUGAUCUGAGCGCUUGAUCUGUGGUGGUUUGGUCUCUUGCGCAUCAAUUUGAGAAAGCCGACAGUGCAUUAUAAACGGAGAACGGACAGUUCAUUACAACCAAAGUGCCGCAUAUAUUGGCCCAAAAAUAACACUUUUUUUUCCCACGUUAUGUGGGGUGUUUAUAACAGAGAUGCAGUACCUUACCUUCAUCACAACUCCCCUGUCCUCAUAUCAUUGUGUAGCCUAGCAGGGACAGUGAGGCCAUCACGCUAAACCAUUAUGACGGGUACGACAGAUUUCAGCCAUGCCAUGGGGGAUAUUGAAACCAACGGCGCCGAUUACGAAUAUAAUGAGAAUUAUACAGACGAGGUCUGUAACAAGAACGGCGUUGUCAAGUUUGGCUCCAUCGCCACCCCUGCCUUCUUCUCUGUGGUGACUAUCCUGAGUCUAGCGGGCAACAUCCUGGUCCUGGCCAUCCUGGCCAAGUACGAGAACCUCAAGUCUCUCACCAACAUCUUCAUCCUCAACUUGGCACUAUCUGACCUGGUUUUUACCUUUGGUCUGCCCUUCUGGGCAGCCUACCACAUCUGGGGCUGGACCUUUGGCCUGAUCCUCUGCAAGACCGUUACCUUUGUCUUCUACGCUGGCUUCUACAGCAGCGUUUUGUUCCUGACCAUCAUGACUAUCCACCGCUACCUUGCCGUGGUGCAUCCUCUGUCCGACCAUGGUUCCCAAAGGGGCUGCUACGGGGUCACAGUCUCUCUCGUCAUCUGGGUUGUUAGUUUUGUGGCGGCCGUCCCUGCUUUGAUUUUCAGCUCUGUCCAAAAGAACCCCCAUGAAGAAGACAACCAUUUUUACUGUGAAUACUGGGAUCCACUGUGGAAGAGAGUGGGCAGCUACCAACAGAACAUCUUCUUCUUGGCUGCUUUUGCAGUGAUCGGGUUCUGCUACGUGAGGAUAUUGAGGACAAUCUUCAAGUCAAGGUCACACAUGAGGAAUCGAACCGUGAAGCUGAUCUUCAGUAUCGUGGCAGUAUUUUUCAUUGGCUGGGCGCCUUACAACGUGGUGAUAUUUCUGAGGUUGUUGACUGACUACUCCGUAGCACCUUUCAAUGCUUGUGAGGUCAGCACAUGGCUUGACUAUGGGUUCUAUGUGUGUCGAUUGAUUGCUUUCUCCCACUGCUGUCUCAACCCUGUCUUCUACGCAUUUGUUGGGAUUAAGUUCAGAAAUCACUUGAAGGUGAUCUUGCCGAAGCUUUGCCAUCGCCAAAGCACCAUGGAUACACAACAAAUUAGAUUACCUAACAUUUACUCGAUGGGAUCAAUGUACUAGCACAGGGGUCUUCAAUCUUUUCUUGCCCAGGGACCCACGCCAGGCAAACCGGCGACCCAGGGACCCCAUCAUAUGUUAGCAAAAAAAAUUAAAAGAAGUCACAAAUCAAAA